GCAGCUGCAUUCUGACUGUGCUUCCUGUGAGAUACAGCAAGUUUGUCACUUCUCUUCGUAAUCUGUAAGAUCUCAGCACUGCAGGGACAACAACAUACACGCUGCUUUACCAUGGAGGCUACAGCCAAGUAUGACUUUGAAGCUACAGCUCAGGAUGAACUCAGCUUCAGAAAGGCAGCGCGAUUGAAGAUUCUGCAGACCACUGGAAACUGGUACAGAGCAGAACUUAAUGGAGUUGAGGGGUUUGUACCCAAAAAUUUCAUCAACAUUCAUCUGCCCAGCUGGUACCAGGAGGACUGUAGUCGCACAGACGCCCAGCAGAAGCUGAUGUCACAGCCUACAGGGGCCUUCCUUAUACGCAGUAGCCGACAUUCAGCCCUGAGUGACUUCUCCAUCUCUGUCAGACAUGCAGCAGAUGUGCUGCACUUCAAGGUGACGGACAGCAGUGGGCAGUAUUACCUCUGGUCAGAAAAGUUCCCUUUCAACCAACUGGUGGAACAUUACAAACACAACUCUAUCUCUAAACAGAGUGAAAUAUUCCUACAAGAGGCACAACAACAGCAUAAAGGGGGCUCAGACAAAUCGCCAUUUCCCCCCACUCCUCUCCCCACUGCUCCACUCUCCAUCGGCCCACCUAAACCCCACGACAACAGGUACUCAACAGCACUGUGUCUGUAUCACACAGCCUCCUCCACGCUCAAGGUCAUAGCUUUGUACAGUUUUCAUGCUGAAGAGAGAGACGAGCUGGAGUUCAACGCCGGCGAUAUCAUCACGGUCCUGGAGCGCUCCGACCAGACCUGGUGGAAAGGCCAGCUAAGGGGCAAAACAGGCCUGUUCCCCUCCAACUUCACCAAACCUAUCUGAGAGGAACUCACAGAGACAAACACUUUGUAUCCAAACAUACGUUUAAUGUCAAUUCUUGCCACUUUAGCUUUACUUACAGUAAGUCCCAACCCUAAACUGGCAGCAAAGGACUCAGCAAAGUGUUAUGUGACAGAAAGUGUCAGCUGUCGAGAAUAAAAAAGAGGACUAACUUGUUGGUUUAGGUGCACACACACACACACAUUCUGCACAUGGAAUUUCUGUUCUCGUCAUGGCAAACAUACUGUUGGCAUCCUGUAUAAGAGAUAUAUAAUAGGACAACUGUUUGGCUGCAAAAAGGACUUCUCAAAGAUUUAUUAAAGUUUACAUAUUGCUGUCAAUGUCAGGAUAUUUUAUUUAGACAGAUAGUAAUCCUUAACAAAAUAUUUGAAAAUGUGGUGUCUGCUUUUACAAAUAACUUAUAACAAAGCCCAUGGCAAUACUAUCUCAUGGUCAUGUACUGUAGGUACCCAUUUCAGUUAUGAUUUCAACAAUAGCAUUUAUUUUCAGAGAUUUAUAUUUUGAAUUUAAGAAGUGAUGAGCACUAUUAUAGAGUGUUGACAAUUCAUUUUUUAAAGGAUAAUGAUUCAUACAUUAUCCUGUCCUGCCCAGUGAUGGAAUGCAACUAAGUACAUUUACUCAAGUACUGUUCAUAAGUACAAUUUAGAUAUACCUGGUCCAGGUCCAUUUUAGGCUAGGAAAUAUUGUACUUCCCCCACUACAUAUUGCU